GAAAAAGAUCCGUCUGCUAGCCCCUUAACAGUCAGCUGCUCAUGCUGCUUAACUUACGUCAAAGUGGUCUGUGUGCCUGUGUUUGCAAAAUAAAUUUUUAAUUUCAUUGUUAAGAGUGAAAAUCCACCAAUCCAUAAUUUUUGGAUAGCUUGGAACCUAUUAUCCACUACCCCUUGCUACCCCUUAACCAUUCCCGCGUAACAGAUAUAAUUUCAAUUAUGGCCCUUCUCAUGAACGACAUAGUGCUACCGAAGGAGGCUGAUAUACCUAAUCUGUUGCUGCCAAAGCAUGCAAGUUUCUUGGCAGCAUAUGGAAACAAUAAGGAUGAUUAUGAAUUUUGUAUGACAGAGUACUUGAGAAUGAAUGGAAUCUAUUGGAGUUUAACAGCAAUGGAUUUGAUGGGCAAACUUGGUGAGAUGGACAGAGAUGGUAUUAUUUUAUUUAUAAAGCAAUGCCAGCAUGAAAAUGGAGGUAUAGGAGCUAGUGUAGAUCAUGAUCCUCACCUUCUCUACACUUUGAGUGCUGUUCAGAUUUUGUGCCUGUAUGAUGCACUUGAUGCAAUCGAUUGUGAAAAAAUUGUGAAUUAUGUCAAAAAGUUGCAAAAUGAUGACGGAAGUUUCUGUGGUGAUCAAUGGGGUGAGGUUGAUACAAGGUUCUCUAUGUGUGCAGUUGCAUGCUUGGCUCUUUUGGGAAGGCUGGAUGCUAUUAAUAUUGAUAAUGCAGUAAAUUUUGUAAUCUCAUGUAUGAAUUUUGAUGGAGGGUUUGGAUGCAGACCUGGCUCUGAAAGUCAUUCUGGUCAAGUGUAUUGCUGUGUUGGUAUGCUGUCGAUUACAGGUCAUUUACAUUUGAUCAAAGCUGAUAGCCUUGGCUGGUGGCUAUGUGAACGGCAGUUGCCGAGUGGCGGUUUGAAUGGUCGACCAGAAAAAUUGCCGGAUGUUUGCUACUCUUGGUGGGUAGUUGCGUCUUUGCGGAUUAUUGGGCGAGUUGAUUGGCUUGAUAAGAAUCAGUUGAGAAAAUUUAUUAUGGCCUGUCAAGACGUCGAGACAGGCGGAUUUAGUGAUCGCCCAAAUGACAUGCCCGAUCCAUUUCACACCCUCUUUGGUUUAGCGGGUUUAUCUCUUCUCGGUGAAUCUAGUCUUAAAACUAUUAAUCCUGUAUUCUGUAUGCCACAGCAAGUUAUUUCCCGGCUGAAAAUUCAACCACAGAUGUUGUCGUUAUAGCAACUUUAUGAAUUAUUGCUUUAAUUGUCCUUCAGAAUACAAAAAAGGUUUUUGCAUAA